AUGUCGACCCUCGCCGCCUCCCGCCGCUCCUCCUCGUCCGCGGCCGCCAUGCGCCCCGCGAUGGACGAGAACGCCGCCGGUGGACCGCGAUGGACGAGAACGCAGGCCACGAAGCGCGUCGCGCUCGGCAACAUCACCAACGUCGCCGCUCCAGCUCCAGGGAGGAGGGCCGCCGUGGGGAAGGUCGCGCCACCCGCCACCACCAGCGCGAAGUUGAAUCCGGCAACCUCAGCAGCACCCUUGAAGAAACCAUAUUCAGCAAAUGCACGCAACGUGAGCUCCAUUCGGGGUUCUGCUGUGAAGUCGGCUUCCAUCAAGCCAGCUCCACGAGUAUCGCGCCUUGACAGCAGCACAACGCAGAAGCAUAAUGUUCCUCCUCCCAAAGUUCCUACCAUUGUCGAUGUGCCACGUCGUGCUCCAGCCUUGGUACCCUGCAGCAGCUUCAUGUCUCCUGGACGUUCAGGAGAUUCAGUUUCUAUUGAUGAGACCAUGUCGAUUUGCGACUCAAUGAAAAGCCCAGACUUUGACUGUGGGCAAAUGAACAUUUGCAUAUCGGAGGAUAGAGAUGUUGAAGAAAAUAAGUGGAAGAAAAAUGCCCAUGCCCCAAUUCAAAUCGACCGCAUCUGUGAUGUAGACAAUGACUACGAGGACCCUCAGUUGUGCGCUACUCUGGCUUCCGAAAUCUACAUGCAUCUGCGAGAGGCUGAGACGAAGAAAAGACCAUCAACUGACUUCAUGGAAACGAUUCAAAAAAGUGUCAACCCAAGCAUGAGGGCUAUUUUGAUCGACUGGCUCGUGGAAGUUGCUGAAGAAUAUCGUCUUGUUCCUGAUACUCUGUACCUGACAGUUAACUACAUUGACCGUUAUCUUUCUGGCAACGAAAUCGAUCGCCAAAGGCUGCAAUUACUUGGUGUUACUUGCAUGCUUAUAGCCGCAAAAUACGAGGAGAUAUGUGCACCCCAAGUAGAAGAGUUCUGCUACAUAACUGACAAUACGUACUUCAGAGAUGAGGUUUUAGAGAUGGAAACUUCUGUACUGAAUUACUUGAAGUUUGAAAUGACAGCACCUACACCAAAGUGCUUUCUGAGGAGAUUUGCCCGUGCUGCACAAGCGUGUGAUGAGGAUCCUGCUUUGCAUCUCGAGUUCCUCGCCAAUUACAUCACCGAGCUAUCACUGCUGGAGUACAAUCUACUCUCUUACCCUCCAUCACUUGUAGCUGCCUCAGCUGUUUUCUUGGCAAGAUAUGUACUCCAGCCAACAAAGUAUCCUUGGAAUUCCACACUUGCUCAUUACACACAGUAUAAGCCGUCAGAACUGAGUGACUGUGUAAAGGCAUUGCACCGGCUUUUCAGCAUUGGUCCUGGGAGUAACCUUCCAGCAAUCAGAGAAAAAUACAGUCAACAUAAGGUGAAGCUCUAUGGAACACUAUUUCAAGAAACGACUCCACAAGAGAAGAUUCAAGAUUCAGAGGGAAGAAUCCAUUUUUUUUUCUACUACAACGUGAAAGGCAUCUAA